GGCGCGGGCCGGGUCUCCGAGAUUCUCCGGGACUGAGGUUCGGCAGCCAUAAGGGACCGUCAACAAACAGACGAGAGGCGUCAGCCUUUUCCUUUAGGGGGCGGAUUCGGGUAGGAGCAGAGCUUUCGGUAUGAAACGACCGUUUCUUCCAGAGGUGGGGAAGUGAGACCCUGUACUGGGCCUGCGGGGCGCCGCCGUACCUUUGUGGAACAUGGCCCGCUGUGGGGAGGAUAGCGUGGCCCCCGUGGUACUUCUGGAGUCCCCUGGAGUUUGCAGUAAGGGCUUGCAAAGGAAGGGGCCCAGUGAGCGGCGCCGGCUGAAGGCGAUGGUGUCGGAGCAGCUCAGCCAGGAUCUGCUCAGGCUUCUAAGAGAAGAAGUCCAUACAGAUGUCACUUUCUCAAUAGGUUGUACUUUGUUCAAAGCACACAAAGCAGUCCUUUUAGCAAGGGUUCCUGAUUUCUAUUUUCAUACUGUUGGACAUACAAAUAACUUAACAAAUCAUGAACCUGUUGCUGUGGAGAACUUUGAAGCUUCAGAAUUUAGAAUAUUUUUACAGAUUGUGUACUCAUCAAACAGAAACAUAAAAAACUAUGAAGAGGAAAUUCUCAGGAAAAAGAUAGUGGAGAGUGGAGUACCACAAAAGAAAUGUGACUUCAGUGCUGGAAAGUGUACUGACAAUGAUGGAAGGUCAUCUGUAGGUAAAAGGUCAUCUGACCAUUCUUUUCUGAAGCAUGAAAUUCCAGAAGAUAACAACAAAGAGGACAUUCCAGAAGAUAACAACAAAGAGGACAAUUUAAUUCCCACUGAUAUUUAUGACUUGGAACCUGCAUCUGAAUUAGGAGAAGAUUUAUUGAAGCUUUAUGUGAAACAGUGUUGCCCAGAUAUUGAUAUUUAUGUUGAUGGAAAAAGUUUUAAAGCUCACAGGGCCAUUUUAAGUGCGAGAUCUAGUUAUUUUGCUGCAAUGCUGAGUGGCUGUUGGGCUGAAAGCUCCCAAGAGUACAUUACUCUUCAAGGGAUAAGCCAUGUAGAAAUGAAUGUUUUGAUACAUUUUAUAUAUGGUGGAACUUUGGACUUUCCAGACAAAGCUAAUGUUGGGCAGAUACUCAAUAUGGCUGAUAUGUAUGGACUAGAAGGAUUAAAAGAAGUAGCAAUCUAUAUUUUAAGAAGAGAUUACUGUAAUUUCUUUCAGAAGCCUGUUCCCAGAAGGUUGGCAUCUAUAUUAGAAUGCCUGAUUAUUGCUCAUUCAGUUGGAGUGGAAAGUCUUUUUGCUGACUGCAUGAAGUGGAUUGUAAAGCAUUUUGCAAGGUUUUGGUCUGAGAGAAGCUUUGCAAAUGUACCUCCUGAGAUUCAGAAAAGUUGUCUUAAUAUGUUGAUUCAGUCUUUAAAUGAUAAGAAUGCUGCUUUUCUUCUGAUGGAAAGUGACAGGCUAAUCAUCAGUUUACCCAGAGUGAAGUGGACAGAAGCAGCACUGACGAUGGCAUCUCAGCUCCAAGAAGAAUGUAUUGCAUUUAUUAUAGAAAACUUCUCCAAGAUCAUUCAAAGCGAAAAUUUUGCUCUCCUCUUACAGUCACAAGCAAUGAGUAGCACAUCUGAUCUGCUGGACAAAAUUUUAAAAGCAAUUGAAGAAAACAUUACCACUGAGAAUAGUUGCUCUCUUCUUACGGCUCUGGACACGUUACUGAACUCUGACAGUACAAAGGAAAUGGGUUUUACGUGCAAGAUCCAGGCUCUGCGUGAUAAGCUGUGGAUCUUCCUGGUUCAGUCUUUCUAUGCUGUUCGUCACACAGAAAGCUGGAAGCUGAUGAGCGCAGAUGAUCAACAGAAAAUCCAAGCAGCUGCAUUUGACAAAGGUGAUGACCGAAGACUUGGCAAAAAGCCUAUAUUCAGCAGCUCUCAGCAAAGGAGACAAGUUUCUGACCCUGGUGCUAUAAAAAACAAAUCUUGGAGAGAAAGUAACAAGAAAGAGUAUUGGAGUUAUCCCUCUACUAAUCAAAAGAUGAAAUCUGAUGGAUUAGGAGCGUCUGGACAUUCAUCAAGUACUAAUAGAAAUUCUAUAAAUAAAACUUUGAAGCAUGAUGAUUUAAAGGAAAAGGAUGGUACAAAAACCGCAUCCAAGAGUACAAAAGAAUUAAAAACUGUGGGAAAAAAUGUUUCUGGAAAGCCCAAACCUAUAAUAAAGCCCAAAACAGAAAACGGUGAUAAUGCAAAGUCAGGAAACAUGUCACCUAGACAAGUUGUGGAAAGAUCAGCAACAGCAGCAGCAAAUGGACAGAAAAAUUCAGUAAAUGGAAAAAGAGUGAGAAAUCAGGAAGGUCAAAUUACAGGUGCCAGACCCAAGGUACUCACUGAGAAUUUAAACGUGCAUGCCAAAGCAAAGCCUUCGAAGAAAGUGACAGGCAAAGAUUCUCCAUGCCUCGGGAUUUCAGGGCCCUCCAGCAGAUCUACAAAUUCAAGUAUGGAAUUACUGACUUCCACUGACUGUCUGGAUGAACCAAAAGAAAAUGGGUCAAUAAAAGAGAAGCCUUCUAGUCAUAAACUUUCCCUUUGUGACUCUCCAGGACAGACUGUGAAAAACAGUGUAGAAAGUAUCAAAGCUUCCACUGUAGCAGUAAAAUCUCGACCUGUUUCAAAAGUUACCAAUGGAACUUCCAAUAAAAAAAGCAUUCAUAAACAAGAAACUAAUAUAAAUAACAGUGUGCUAAAGAAGGUCACCAGCAAAGGAUACAGUGAUCCAGUACCACAGGCAAUUUUAAAGAAAAGAGGAAAUGGCAGUGGAUGCGCUACAGCUCAGCACAGAACAAAGAAUGCCACAGUUAAUCUUGCUAAAACUCAAGGAUCCCAAGGAGAGUCACCAGAUUCAGUAAAAUCUUCAGUGUCUUCAAGGCAGUCUGAUGAAAAUGUGACAAAACUGGACCACGGUGUAACUACAGAUAAACAAACACCUAAGAGAAAAAUUGUCAAGCAAGGACAAACAACAUUGCCUAAGAUUAGUGCAAAAAUAGUAGCAGUGCCUAAAAACCUAAAUCAAUCUAAAAAAGGUGAAACUUUGAAUAAUAAAGAUUCAAAACAGAAAACACUUCCUGGACAGGUUAUAUUGAAGACUCAGCCUUCUUCUCUGAGACCUUUAAAAAGUGAACCAUCUGUUGUCCAAAAAAGUGUGCUUCGUGAUGUAUGUGAUAAUAAUAACAAAGGCAAUGUUUCUGAACAGAAGCCUCAUGAACCUCUAAUUAAUCUCAUAGCCAAAAUCAGUGAUACAGAAGCAUUUCAGUCACCAUGCAUACUUGACCCACAAAAGCCAUUAAACAAUCAAGAAAAAGAAAAGUUGGUGUUAGAAUGUCAAAAUAUUUCAAAUCUGGAUAAAUUAAUAAAACAUGAACUGGAAUCAAAACAGAUUUGUUCAGAUAAAAGUGAAACAACUUUUUCUGGUCACAAAAAAACAGAUCAAUGCAACACAACUAAAAUACAUUGUCAUUCUGAUGAGAGUGAUAAUGUAGAUCCAAAAUUUUAUAGCACCACUGCUCUAAAAUCCAUGAUUUCAAAUCCGAAUGAAAACUCUUUGAACUCUAAUCCAGUUUGUGACCUAGACUCAACAAAUGUAGAGCAAGUCCAUUCAGUGUCAGAUAGGGAGAAGCAAGCAGGAAGAAAAGAUACAAACAAAAAAUUAAACAUUAAAUGUGUGAAAGAUGUUUUACCUUGUGUUCCUGAACAGACAAAUGGUACCUUAAAUUCUGGUCAAGAUGACAGAAAAUCUAGAAUUCAUGUAGAAGAACAGACAAUUCCCAAUCAGCUUUCUGAUGACUCUGCCAUGAAUGGAGACAAACAUGGUACAGUAGACUCAAAUACUUCCUCCAAGUGUUUUUUGGAACAAAUACCAGGGAAAAAUUCUCCUAAAGAUAUGGAAACAACAGAAACUCCAGAGAGCCAUGGAACUCCAGAAGCUCCAUUCAUGAGUCACUGGAAUUUGAGUACCAGUGUUCUGCAUCAGAGAGAGAGUCCUGAAUCUGACAGUGGCAGUGCUACAACAUCCUCUGAUGACAUAAAGCCUAGAUCUGAAGACUACGAUGCUGGAGGGUCUCAGGAUGAUGAUGGGUCAAAUGACAGGGGUAUUUCUAAAUGUGGCACUAUGCUGUGCCAUGAUUUUCUUGGAAGAAGUAGCAGUGACACCAGUACUCCUGAAGAAUUAAAAAUAUAUGAUAGUAACUUAAGAAUUGAAGUGAAAAUGAAAAAGCAAAGUAGUAAUGAUCUUUUCCAAGUUAAUUCGACAAGUGAUGAUGAGAUUCCUAGGAAAAGGCCAGAAAUUUGGUCUCGAUCUACAAGAGCCCACUCUAGGGAAAAAGAAAAUAUUCCACGAGGCAGUAUGCAGUUUGCUCAGGAAGUAGAUCAGGUUUCUUCCUCAGCAGAUGAAACAGAAGAUGAAAGGUCUGAAGCUGAAAAUGUUGCAGAAAAUUUCUCUACAUCUAACCGAGCUCUUCAGCAGUUUCAGGGAAUAAUUAAUUUAGCUUUUGAAGAUGCAACUGAAAAUGAAAGUCACGAGUUUCGUGCAACCAAAAAUUUUAAAAGGUCAGUUUUACUUUCGGUAGAUGAAUGUGAAGAACUAGGAUCUGAUGAAGGGGAAGUCCAUGCUCCCUUUCAGCCUUCUGUAGAUUCUCCUUCACCUUCUGAUGUUUUUGAUGGCCUUUCUCAUGAACAUCACGGAAGGGUCUGCUACUCCAGAUACUCACAAAGAAGUAAAGGCAGUAUUUUAGAAUGUAGACAAGAGAAAGGCAAGAGUGUCUAUAAAAACAAAAGCUCUCCCUUGGGUCUUAGUAGCAUUGACUUUUCAAGAAAAGAUAAACAGAGUGCUUCAGCCACAGAAAAAAAGAGCACAACAGAUGUCCUGUCCAGAGGAGGCAGACAGCUUCCUCCAGAAGAUAAAAAAGUAAACAGUGGAAGCAAUGUGGUUAAUGACUUUCAGGCACACAGCAAACUUUCAGAUAGUGAUAUAAAAUCUCAAGAAAGACCAUGUCAUUUGGAACUUCAUCAAAGAGACCCCAAUUCUGACAUACCAAAGAACAGCUCUACAAAAUCUCUGGACUCUUAUUGGAGUCAAGUUCUGCCUCCAGAAGGUCAAGUGAAAGAGAGCCAUUCUACAGCUACCGAGAAAGCUAAUAUUGCUUUAUCUGCAGGAGACAUAGAUGAUUGUGACACAGUGGCACAAAUCUACAUGUAUGACCAUCGGCCUUCAAAAACCCUCUCUCCAAUAUAUGAGAUGGAUGUAACAGAAGCACUUGAGCAGAAAAUGGAAUCAGAAACACAUGUUACAGACAUGGAUUUUGAAGAUGAGCAACACUUUGCAAAACAAGAUUGGACGCUAUUAAAGCAACUGCUCUCUGAAGAGGAUUCAAACUUAAAUAUUACAAAUUCUAUUCCUGAAGACUUAAAUUUAGCACAGUAUCUAAUCAAUCAGACACUACUUUUAGCACGAGACAGCUCAAAACCUCAGGGUAAAGCACAUGUUGACACUUUAAACAGAUGGAGUGAACUAACAUCUCCAUUCGAUGAUUCCUCAGCAAGCAUCACCGUGGCUAGUUUUUCCUCUGAGGAUUGUUCACCCCAAGGGGAAUGGACAAUUCUGGAACUAGAAACUCAGCAUUAAGAGUAUUAACACUUUGGGGCUUUCCUGGUGGCACAGUGGUUGAGAGUCCGCCUGCCGAUGCUGGGGACACGGGUUCGUGCCCCGGUCCGGGAAGAUCCCACAUGCCGCGGAGCGGCCGGGCCCGUGAGCCAUGGCCGCUGAGCCUGCGCGUCCGGAGCCUGUGCUCCACAACGGGAGAGGCCGCAACAGUGAGAGGCCUGCGUACCGCAAAAAAAAAAAAAAAGAGUGUUAACACUUUGGAAAAUGUUAAACUAUGCCACCCCCUUAUUUUUCUGAUGCUUAUAUUAUAUCCAAAUGAUAAUUGCAUUAGCCUAUUAGACUAUCCUUAAUAUUGAGGAAGUCUUUCCAAUUUACUGAAGUAAACAUAGUUUAUUAAUAUGAUAUCACAUGUAGAAAAAAGUGUUUUUCUAAAAAUCUUGAGCAUGUUUUCUAUAAUUAUUAGAGAAAUUAGAAGACUUGUAAGGAAACCCUUGCUUUAGUUUUCCUUUCCUAACUGAUCAUUCAUUUACUUGUUUAUCAUUCAAUAAUUUAAAAUGUGAAUGCACAAGUAGAACAGUCCCUUUACUUUUUGCUCUGCAUAUGG